AUGCCGGAGUGCGUGUCGGUGUCCGACUUCUUGCAGGAGGUUCAGGAGGACUGGAGCUCCCCCACCACCUCCUCCUUCAGCUCCAAGAUGAUCAGCUGCAGGAACACCGUCUACCUGCUGGAGGAGGUUUUGGAUAGCGACCGGUUGGUGUUGCAGAAGAUGAAGAAAGCUGCUAAAGCCAAAUACACAUCAGGACAAGACCACGUUUCUCACCUGGAGCAGUACAUCAAUUCGAUGGAGAAGCUGUCGGUCAACUGUCACUCAAACGGGGAGUCGGAGGUCGGCUCCGCUUUCUGCCGACUGGCCGACUUCUCCAAAGAGCUCCUCUCGCCCAUGAAGAACCUGUUGAAGAGCAUGCUCCACAACAUCAACUUCUUCCUGGAGUCUCUGGUUAAAGGAGACCUGAGGGAGGUGAAGGGGGAUCUGAAGAAGCCUUUUGACAAAGCGUGGCGGGACUACGAGAGCAGAUUUAAGCAGGUGGAGAAGGAGAAGAGGGAGCUGGCUCGUCAGUAUGGGAUGGUGAGGAACGAGGUCAGCGGAGCAGAGGUUGCAGAGGACCUCGAGAAGGAGAGACGCUCCUUCCAACUGAGCAUGUGCGAGUAUCUGAUUAAGGUCAACGAGAUAAAGACGAAGAGAGGAGUCGACCUUCUGCAGAACCUCAUCAAACACUACCACAGCCACAACAAUUUCCUGCAGGAGUGUGUGUCCACCACUCAGAGGUUGAAGCAGUACAUGGAGGAGCUGAAUGGAGUUCUGAACACGGUGAAGCAGCGCCAGGAGGAGGAGAAGAAGCAGCUCGUGACCCUCAGAGAUCAGCUGAGGCCGGUCGUGAACACAGAUCAGGACUCGUUGCCUAAGCAGGUGUACAGUAUGCAUCAGCUGCUCGGAGACAAACAGUACGGGACCGAAAGAACCGGAUUCCUCUACAAGAAGAGUGACGGUUUGAGGAAAAUGUGGCAGAAGAGGAAAUGUUCAGUUCACAACUGUUACAUGACGAUCGCACACGCCACUCCUAAUAAACCUCCUACCAGACUGAACCUGCUCACCUGCCAGGUUAAACCCAGUGUUGAGGACAAGAAGUGCUUCGACCUCAUCUCUCAUAAUCGGACCUACCACUUCCUGGCAGAGGAUGAGGCCGAGUGUGUGGCCUGGAUCUCAGUGCUCAGCAACAGUAAGCAGGAGGCCCUCAGCGUGGCUCUGGACGGGGGGAGGAGAGGGGGAGGGGGCUGCGAGAGCGGCGUGGAGGACCUGACCCGGGCCAUCACUGAUGACAUCAGACGGUUGCCAGGAAACGGCAGCUGCUGUGAUUGCGGCGCUCCGGAUCCUGGAUGGCUCUCGACCAACCUGGGCAUCCUGACCUGUAUCGAGUGUUCAGGGAUCCACAGGGAGAUGGGGGUCCACGUCUCCAGGAUCCAGUCUCUGAGUCUGGACAGUCUGGGGACCUCAGACCUGCUGUUGGCCAGAAACGUUGGUAACUCUGGUUUUAAUGAAAUACUGGAGGCGAACCUGCUGAGUCCGUCACUGAAGCCCUCCCAACACAGCCACAUGGGGGAGCGUAAAGACUUCAUCCUGUCAAAGUACCAGGAAGUUUAUUUCGUGAGGCGGAGCCACAGCUCGGCUGCGGCGCUGCGACUCAACCUGCAGGAGGCGACAAAGAGCUGCGACAUCUACAGCCUGAUUCAACUGUACGCUCAGAGGACGGAGCUGAGCCAGCCGCUGCAUGCACACAUACAGGAAAGAGGAGAGACGGCGCUCCAUCUAGCCGUCCUAUUGGCCGACAGGACGUCGCUGCACAUCCUGGACUUCUUGGCUCAGAACUGCUCCGAUGUGGACGCGCAGACAUCAGCAGGAAACACGGCGCUGCACUACAGCUGCCUGCACAACAAGAGCGACUGUGUGAGGCUGCUGCUGAGAGCCAGGGCCAACACGCACAUGAAGAACGAGUUGGGCGAGACCGCUCUGGACGUGAGCCGCAGGCUGAAGCACGGCCAGUGUGAGGCGCUGCUGCAGAAAGCCCAGUCCAACCAGUUUGACCAUCACGUCCACGUGGAGUACGAGUGGCGGCUUCGCCACGACGACCUGUACGACAGCGACGAGGACUUUGACGACAAGAGCGGUCCGGUGAAGAAGGAGCGCUCCAUCUCGUCCUCCUCCUUCACCUCCUCCUUCUCCUUCACCUCCCGUGCCUUCAGCUUCAGUCAGUCUGCCUCCUCCUCCGUUGCCCCUUCCUCCUGCUCCGGAGUAGCUGGAGGAGGAGGAGGAGGAGGAGGAGGAGGAGGAGGUCUGCUCAGUGUCGGGAGGAGGCUCGCCAUGGCCAUGGAGCUCCAUAGCCGGCCCGCCGGCUGCGCCUCCAGCCCCCCUCCUCCUCCUCCGUCCUCACCUGCGCCUCCGCUGCCCCCCAGGGUCAAAGCUCCCAACGUUCCUCCCCCUCCGCCUCCCGAUGGGGGGGAAGGCGGUGGGGAGGAAGAGGAGGAGGACGGGGAGGUCUUCUUCCCCCUGAUGGGAAACAGAAAGUCAACGCCUCCUCCUCCCAUCGCCGUCCGACACAAGAGGAGCUGCUCCGAGUCCAGCAAGCACGAUUACGGGUUGCCAACCAGUCCCAGGAUCUACAGCGGCCCAGACUCCUCCUUUAAGAAGUGUGUUCCAUCAUCUCCUCUCAGCUCGCUGAAUGAACGACCAGAACGAGGUUUUCGGAGAGCAGACAGUGACGGUUGCUCCUCCCACUUCCUGCACCCCGCUAGCAAAGCCCCGCCCAACGGGUCUCCCACCAGUCAGCGCUCUCAAAGCUUUGAGAAUGACAGCCGGCGCCCCGCCCCUCAGCCGCUUCCUCGCCGAUCAUUGCCUCGGGGGGCGACGAGCCGCCGGGUGGAGGCGAUGUACGACUGCCAGGCCGACCACCACGAUGAGCUGAGCUUCUUUGAGGGUCAGGUGCUGGUGGUCGUGGCACAGGAGGACAGUGAUUGGUGGCACGGCUACAUAGAGGAAGAACCGGACCAGAGAGGUCUCUUUCCGUCUUCCUUCGUCCAGUUGCUCUCAGACUGACAUGGACCACCGGUGCAGACCCUGGACCAGUACAGAUCCAGACCACAUCAGUAAGCCUGGAAAACCAGAACCUGGAGCUCAGGACCCCUCCACCCAGGACUGGACUGAUCUGGUCCUGAUCAGAUCCAGCGUCCCGUGAGGUCACGUGAUCAACGGUCCAGACACAGUGUUUCUUACGUUACCAUGGAAACGUUACAAAUGACCAGACAAGAUCUUUGUGUCCCGCGGGUCAUUUGACAACGUUGCCAUGGCUACCGCCUCGCACAAACCGAUCGCCGACAAUUCAAGUCUGAUGUUGACAAAACUUUUAUUUAUUUAUUUUUAAUUAAAUAUAAUAUUUUAUUAAGAGCACUCACUCCAGUGGAGACAUUUCAAAAUAAAACAAUUCAAUGUACUUUUAUUUUGAAGCUCAAGUGAAAAAAGGAUUUUCUUCUGUUCUAAUUUAUUGCAAUGUAUUCAAUGUUAUUGAUCUGGUGGAGAUCGAUCAGCACUUCUGUCCCAUCUCAGGCUCCGCCACCUUGGAGGGGCGGGGCUAACAUGGUCCAUCAAGUGACCACAGCACAAAGCAUUGUGGGAUACCAAAGGAUAAAUACCAGCCACUCAGGUGGCAUCAGAGGAGGCGGAGCCUGAGAUGGGACACAGGUGAUGCUCCCAGCUGCCUUAAAGAUAUUGAGCCUCUGAGUAAGCAAUGUGAGUAAUGUAGCUGCUGUUUCUCAUUCAACGAGAUAUUUUUCCCAUGAUAGCAUUUUGUGCUACAUUGACACAUGUUCUUGUUAUCACUGUGUUCCAAAUACCGUCUUUACAAAAAAAAUGUAACUUAUCACCUUGCAAUUCUUUUUUCUUGUUUUUACUAAAUGUAUCUUGUUAAAGCAAGAAAUGUUUGUUGUAGCAACAUAACGAGAAGUUUCAUGAUAGAAAAAAAAAUUGAUUUGCGGCGAUAACA